AUGUUAAAGCUGGUAUAGUAAAAAUUUUAGGAAUUAUUUAAUUUCUUCGUUCAAUUUAAGCAUUUGGAAAUUGCGAAUUUGCUAAUUUUUAAAAAUUUCUUUCCUGAUGGAAAUACAUUAGCUUCUUGUAGUAGAGAUAAGACUAUACGUUUAUGGGAUGUCAAAACAGGAUAAUAAAAAGCCAAAUUAGUUGGUCAUACUAAAAAUGUCAAAUAAAUCUGUUUCUCUCCUGAUGGAAAUACAUUAGCUUCUGGUAGUGAUGAUAACUCUAUCCGCCUAUGGGAAAUCAAAAACAAGNAGAUGGUCAUACUAAUACUGUCUACUCAGUCUGUUUCUCUCCUGAUAGAAAUACAUUAGCUUCUUGUAGUAGAGAUAAGUCUAUACGUUUAUGGGAUGUCAAAACAGGAUAAUAAAAAGCCAAAUUAGUUGGUCAUAGUUGUAGAGUCAGGUCAGUCUGUUUCUCACAUGAUGGAAAUACAUUAGUCUCUGGUAGUGAUGAUAAGUCUAUCCUUCUAUGGGAUGUCAAAACAGGAUAAUAAAAAGCCAAAUAAGAUGGUCAUACUAGUACUGUCUGCUCUGUCUGUUUCUCUCCUGAUGGAAAUACAUUAGCUUCUGGUAGUUGUGAUAACUCUAUCCGUCUAUGGGAUGUCAAAACAGGGUAAUAAAAAGCCAAAUUAGAUGGUCAUAAAAGUUAUGUCUAGUCAGUCUGUUUCUCUCCUGAUGGAAAUACAUUAGCUUCUGGUAGUGAUGAUUGCUCUAUCCAUCUGUGGGAUGUCAAAACAGAAUAAUUAAAAGCCUCAUUGGAUGGUCACGAUGAAACUGUUUUAUCAGUCUGUUUCUCUCCUGAUGGAAAUACAUUAGCUUCUGGUGGUUGUGAUAACUCUAUCCGUCUAUGGGAUGUCAAAACAGGAUAAUAAAAAGCCCAAUUAGAUGCUCAUACUCGUAUUGUAUCGUCAGUCUGUUUCUCUCCUGAUGGAAAUACAUUAGCUUCUGGUAGUGAUGAUAAGUAUAUCCGUCUAUGGGAUGUCAAUACAAGAUAAUAUAAAGCCAAAUUAGUUGGUCAUAGUGGUAGAGUCUGGUCAGUCUGUUUCUCUCCUGAUGGAAAUACAUUAGCUUCUGGUAGUGAUGAUAAGUCUAUCCGUCUAUGGGAUGUCAAAACAGGAUAAUAAAAAGCCAAAUUAGAUGGUCAUAGUAGUUAUGUCAGAUCAGUCUGUUUCUCUCCUGAUGGAAAUACAUUAGCUUCUGGUAGUGAUGAUAAGUCUAUCCGUCUAUGGGAUGUCAAAACAGGAUAAUAAAAAGCCAAAUUAGAUGGUCAUAGUAAUUAUGUUAACUCAGUCUGUUUCUCUCCUGAUGGAAAUACAUUAGCUUCUGGUAGUGAUGAUAAGUCUAUCCGUCUAUGGGAUGUCAAAACAGGAUAAUAAAAAGCCAAAUUAGAUGGUCAUAGUAAUUAUGUUAGAUCAGUCUGUUUCUCUCCUGAUGGAAAUACAUUAGCUUCUGGUAGUGAUGAUAAGUCUAUCCGUCUAUGGGAUGUCAAAACAGGAUAAUAAAAAGCCAAAUUAGAUGGUCAUAGUAAUUAUGUUAUGUCAGUCUGUUUUUCUCCUGAUGGAAAUACAUUAGCUUCUGGUAGUGAUGAUAAGUCUAUCCGUCUAUGGGAUGUCAAAACAGGAUAAUAAAAAGCCAAAUUAGAUGGUCAUAGUAGUUAUGUUAGAUCAGUCUGUUUCUCUCCUGAUGGAAAUACAUUAGCUUCUGGUAGUGAUGAUAAGUCUAUCCGUCUAUGGGAUGUCAAAACAGGAUAAUAAAAAGCCAAAUUAGAUGGUCAUAGUAGUUAUGUUAGAUCAGUCUGUUUCUCUCCUGAUGGAAAUACAUUAGCUUCUGGUAGUGAUGAUAAGUCUAUCCGUCUAUGGGAUGUCAAAACAGGAUAAUAUAAAGCCAAAUUAGAUGGUCAUAGUGAUACUGUUAGAUCAGUCUGUUUCUCUCCUGAUGGAAAUGCAUUGGCUUCUGGUAAUGAAGAUAAGUCUAUCCGUCUAUGGGAUGUCAAAACAGGAUCAGAAAUUACAUCCACCAAUAAAAACUAUGAAGAUCUUUUAACAUAUUUUAAGAUUCUACUCUAAUAAAAUUGUUCAGGUAAUAUUAAUUUUUUUGAUAUUUUUAGCCUCCAAUUACAUCACUACACUCUUUAUUUCCCAAAAACCAAUAUUUCAAGCUAAAGGAGCUUUAAUUCUGAAAGGAAAGUUUUUAAAUCAAUCCGGUAGAGAUUUAAAGACAUUAUUUAAAUAAAAAGGAAGUUGCUUUUUGGAAAAUAUAAAAAUUUUCAACUAAAAGAAAAAAAUAUUGUAUAAUGAAAAUUAUUGAAC